AGAGGAGCAAGAAGACACGUAGAGGGGGAAACCAAGAAGAAGAAGAAGCUUCCGUUUGCAAAAUCAACAAGCGAAAAACUACCUGGGCUUAACGAAUAUGUCGAUUGUCUUUGUGCCGAAGAAACUGCGAGGAAAGGCAAAAAUUAACCAAGAAACCAUACAGAGGUUGCUGGAUGAAAACGACCAGCUGGUUCGAUGCAUCACUGAAUACAUGCAGAAAGGACGAGCUGUGGAGUGCGUUCAAUACCAACAGAUCCUGCACCGGAACAUCGUGUAUUUGGCAACCAUAGCGGACGCCAGCCCAGACAACAUGCCUCCCUGCACAAAUUCUACAUCAAAUGAAACCUCAUCAACACCAGCUGUGAACAGACAGGGAGCGACGUGAAGGCAGCUUCCAUCACUGUGGUUUGAAUUCACGUCACGAAAAAUGUAUCAGUUUUGUUACCCAUAGCAUGAUUACUGGCGUCCCAGUUCAAUGCCGAUAUCUAUAUUUAUACAAAAAAAAAAUCAAACUUUUACAUUAAAAGCAUUUUCUGUUU